AAUGACUAACUACCUUCACUGUUAAAACUGCCUUAUUUAUAGUCUAAAUUGCCUAGCUUCAGCUUCCAUCCAUGGCAUCUUGUGAUGCUUUUUUUUUCUGGUAGAUUAAAGAGUCGUUUAUGUUCAGAAAUCUCUUUCCCAGUGGUGUACUCCUAGAGACCAUGGUCAAGUCAUCUCUCGGAUAUGUUAAAUAGAUUGAGCUGCUUUAGUCUUUUGCUAUCAGCCAGGCUUUCCAGACCUCACAUCAUUCUAGUAGCUCUCUUCUGAACCUUUUCCUGUUUUCAAGAUCUUCUUUAAAGUGUGGGCACAAGAAAUGGAUACAGCCUUCCAAUAAAGAUCUUAGCAAUGCUGUACAGGGCUGCUAAACUCUGUUCUCCUGCUUAAAUAUCCAAGUAUCAUGUGUGCCCUCUAGGCUACAGCAUUGGACUGGGAGCUUCUUUUCAGUUGGUUCUAUACCGGGGUAGGCAACCUAUGGCACUCGUGCCGAAGACAGCACGUGAGCUGAUUUUCAGUGGCACUCUCACUGCCUGGCUCCUGGCCACAGGUCCGGGGGGCUCUGCAUUUUAAUUUAAGUUUAAAUAAAGCUUCUUGAACAUUUAAAAAACUUAUUUACUUACUUACAUCAAUAGUUUAGUUGUAUAUUAUGGACUUAGAGACCUUCUAAAAAGUUAAAAUGUGUUACUGCUACACACAACCUUAAAUCAGAGUGAAUAAAUGAAGACUCGGCAUAGCACAUCUGAAAGGUUGCCGACCUCUGUUCUAUACGAUAACCUCUAAGUCCUUUCCAGUGUCACUACAUUCCAGGAUACAGUCCCCCAUCUCAUAAGUGUGACCUGUACUUUUUGUUCCUCAGCAUACGUCCUUACAUUUGACUGUAUUAAAACAUGCUGUUCAUCUGAGCCCACCAUCUUAUCAAACAAUCCAAAUUAGUAUGUAUAACUGACCUGUCCCUAUCAUUAUUUACCUGACUCCCAAUUUUGUCAUUUGUGCAUUUGACUAGCUGUGAUUUUAUAUUUUCUUCCAGAUAAUUAAUAUAUUCAUAGAUUCCCAGGGCAGAAGGGACAGUUGUGAUCCUCCCACCUCCUGCAUAACAAAGGAUGUUCCUGGUUGGACUGUCAGGUGGAAUUGCUUCGGGAAAAAGCACGGUAGUUGCAGUAUUCCGGGAACUGGGCUGUGCAGUGAUUGAUGCCGAUGUUAUUGCCAGACAGGUGGUUCAGCCCCGCUUCUUGGCCUACCAGCAGAUAGUGCAUAACUUUGGAAGUGAAAUCCUCUUGGAGAGUGGGGAGAUAAACCGAGAGGCUCUGGGAAACAUUAUCUUCUCCCACCCAGAAAAACGGCAGCUGCUGAACGCCAUCACUCACCCUAAGAUCCAGAAAGAGAUGCUGAAACAGAUCUUUAAAUACUUUGUGCUAGGCUACCGCUAUGUGAUUCUGGACAUUCCUCUGCUGUUUGAGACCAACACACUAACCAAGUACAUGAAACACACAGUCCUGGUUUACAGCGAUCCGCAGACACAGCUGUCACGACUGAUGAAGAGGAAUGGCCUGGCCCAGGCAGAGGCAGAAGCGCGCAUCGCCUCCCAGCUGCCGCUUGAUGAAAAGUGCAAAUUAGCUGACCACGUGAUUGACAACUCCGGAGACUGGGAGAGCACGCGGAGGCAGGUCCUGAGACUGCACUCCCAGCUGGAGGACUCUCUGGAUUUCCUCUUGGUGCGCUUGGUGGCAGUCACAGCAGUUGCUGGAAUUGGUGGGCUAGUGUGCUUUCUCCUCAGGCAUUUUCUCUCAUAAUUCACUUUUUUUAAGGGACCAAAACUCUGCCUGGAAUUUCAAGUUUGCAAAGGGCAAUGAAAGGUCAUGAGCCUUAAUGGCUUUUCCGUCUGAAUACAGAUGAUAAGAUGAGCAGAGUCUCCUUGUAAACUUCUCAAGGUGAAGCAUGGAUUCCUUGCCAAUGCACUGACUCGGCUUCUUUCUUUUAACUUUUUUUAGUCCUGUUAUUAAUGAUCAGCAACUGCUGCAGGAGAGGGUGAGGGGUAGCUAUAAUGGAUGGAGGCCACCAGACAUUCAGGUAUGAAAUAAUUACACUGUUAGGAUGGCUGUAUUAGGCCAACUCAUUGAAGUGCUAGUCUCCAGGGCAAAAGGAAUCUUUCCUUUGAUUUAACCCUGGGUGGAAUACGAUUACUUAACAUGUCUCGCGGCAAUCUGGUCCAGGAGUGGGGAUCUGGACUAUGGGGUUCUCUUCCCCCACUUCUGAGCAUCCUCAGCUCCCAAGAGCUGGCCCUAAAUGGUUCUCUUUGACUCUAGACAAGUAAUUUCACUUCUGUUUCCUGAUUGUGAGAUUUAAUGAAUGUUUGCAAAGUGCCUUAAACCCCACCAAUGUGGGACAUUGUAAAAUUGCAAGAGUUACUAUAAAACGUCGAUCCCCUGC